CAAUGAGCCUCUCCUGGUGUUGUACUCACUCUGCCUCUAUCCAGCACAAUGCUGCACAGCACAGCCACCCAGCAUCUCCUCACUGCUGUCCUGCUGCUCUGCUCAGUUACUCUCACGUGUGGAUAUGACAUAUAUGGAAUGGAAGGGCAAUCAGUUAUAUUACCUUGCACCUACAAAGUAAGCGGCACAAGUGAUAUUACUACCAUGUGCUGGGGUAAAGAUGUCUGCCCUAGCUCAAAGUGUAAUCAACCUCUCAUUUGGACUGAUGGAUAUAAAGUUACUUUUAGAUCUUCUAAUCGAUAUGAGCUAGAUGGCCCCAUCACACAAGGAACAGUGUCUCUAACCAUUAAGAGCUUGACCUUACAAGAUCAAGGAACUUACUGCUGUCGUGUGGAGCACCAUGGCUGGUUUAAUGACAUGAAACUCAACAUCAGGCUGGUGGUGAGAAAAGCUCCUGUGACGACUAAAGCAACAGCAACUACAUUAAGAACUACUAGUACCGCAACCACAACAGUAAAGCCAACAAAGAUACCUACUACCACGCUUGUUCCAACCAAUGGUACUUUCAUAACUCAUCAUGCAAACCAUCACACCACAGGUGUUGAGCAGAGAAAAGAUACCAUCACUUACACUUCCCCUGACAUUGCUGCGCUUACCACCUUAUCUACUCUUGCUAACCCAACCACUCGGACAGAUGUUGUGAGUACAGAGUUUGAGCCAACUACCUCAUUGAGUUCAGAAUCUUCUACAAAGCCCCCCACCUGGGUUCCACACUGUAAUGAGACCACUCCUGCAGAUUCCGCAGAUUCCCCAGAGCCAACAACUACCUAUGAGAUAAGCACCAAGAUGUAUGAAGAGUUUAGCACAGAGCCUCUGACUUCCACUCCAAAGGAGAGUCACCUGCCAACUAUAGAAAUUACCACCUCAACAGUAGAUGAGAACAGAAGUUUAAGAGAAAGUACACAAGUCAUUACCAUCAGUACAACAGAAUCUCCAUCUUCUCCCUCUGCAACACAGAUAGACAAGAUACACCCAGCGCAGGGACCCCAGAACAAUUUAGAACCAGGUACCUCGACAUUAUCUGGAAAUGUCACCAUAGUAGAGACACAGAAAACUGGAGUUCCUCUAUAUGUUCUCAUCACUGUCAUCAGCGUAUCAGUCAUACUCAUAGUAAUGGUUACACUCCUGAUGUUGAAAUUAAGAGGCAAGGGAAGCGGAGCUUAUUUUUUCCAUCAGAAUCCCAGUUUAGAGCUUGUUACGCACGCUGAUGACCUGGCUGAGGACACACAAGCAGAAGUACCAGAAGUGAGCAAAGCAGGCUGGGAAGUCACAGCUGAAACAAAUACAGAUAAAGAAAAUCAUGUGCCAUAACUUGUUGCAUUUAAUGUAUGAAAUGUAAUUUCACAUUUAGAAUGGUACCUUUUUUGUUAAAAAUGGUUUUUGAAAGUUUGGUACCAUUUUGCUGUAAAUAAUAUGUUUUUGACUACUAUUUCCAGAUCAAAAUCAUGUAUUAUAUGCACUUUUUUAUUCUCUCUGGUCUGCAGCAGUGGGACAGUAGUGGUCUAUAACAUUUUUAUAUUCAUAUGGUAUGUUCAUUGUCAGAGCCACCAGCUUAUGGCUUCAAUGACCACCAGGUGGCAUACACCAAGCAAGCUUCUAUCAGUGUUAGAUCAAAUAUUCUGCUAUGUUAUCAUAAACAAAAAUGAGCCCACUUACUUACAAAACAAAAGGAACAAAGGCACACUCCCCUCCAACGCUUCUCUGAUUAUCAUAAACAAAGGUAUAUGCAUAGGCCAUUUUCACUUUUAGUUGGAGGGACACAGCCUCUAUGUCAUCCUAUAGGUCAGAAGGUUAGUAUGAUCUUAUUAUAAAAAAGGACUGAACAAUUGAACUGCAUAUGGUUCCCUAAUAACAAGGAUUUUUGCUUUUUCUAAGGCGUGGCGGAAAUUUCAUGAAAAUAGGAUGAAGAAUCACAUUUUAGGGCUAUAAAGUCAAUUUGAACUCAUGUCGUGGAUUUAUAUGCCAAGAGCCAAAUGAAAAAAAAAUAUUUUUUGUAAAUGCAUUUUGUAAUAGCAUAAAACUGUAACUUUUGAAACCUCUCAGACCUUAUUCUGCAGCCCAUAGUGACCGCUGGUGAAUUAAAAAGAAGUUGCUUGGAAAAUCUAAACACAAAGGAAUUUGCCACUUUAGAUUUAGGUCUGGAAUUUGAAGAGUAAGGGCAAAUGGGGAAACUAAGUGCCUGGCCAUUCAUGUUAAUAGUGCAAAUAUGCAGGCUAAAUAACCUCCAUUUGCUAUGUCGCCAGAAACGCAAGUAUCAUCAACCAUCGAUAAAGACUAGGUGAUUUCCAGUCAAUUCCAGGAACUGCGGCAAAGCAACUCUUAGGGGCCCAUUAAUCAAAGUACGAUUGUUUCCGAAUACAAAAAAAAUUUGUGUUUUUUCUAAGUUUUUCAU